CAAACACAAAUACCCUCACCCUCGCUCUCAAACUAACGAACCAGAAACAAAGAAAAACACAGUAAUUUAGAGAAAUUCUACAGCGGGUGACAGAGAUGGCGAGGAAGUGUAGAGGAAUUUCAGAUAUUGCAGUGAUGGAGGUGGCACAGGUGGGCGUGAGGACCAGAGCUCGAGCAUCUCUGGCCAUGUCGGCGGCAGCCGCGAGCUCAGCAACCACCACUAAGAGGAGGAAGCUCCGCGCCGAGGAAUUGAAGUGCUCUUCGUCGUCCUCUUCAUCGUCGUUUGUGAAGCUGGGACGGAGACGCCUCGCGAUCAGCACCGAGGCGACGGAGGAGCGCCGGUGCUCCAGCCCUAGCUCGGAUCAUGACGCGACAUCGUGUUGCUCGAGUAACGGAUCGAGCUUGCUGCUCCCGGAGGAAGAGAGAAUCGAAUUCGUAGAUCUGCAGGAUGGGAGUUCUGAAGUUGAAACAUCCACGUAUAGUUGCUGCAGAGAAAGGAGAGAGACGACGCCAUCGAGCGAGCUUCGACUAGAGUCGGCGAAACUGGAAUCAACGGAGAGGCCAACCGAGGCGAAUUCUAGUCCAAGUACAACGGUGGAGAAGAAGAUCAAGAUGGUACCGGAGGCCGAGCUCGAAGAAUUCUUCGCUGCCGCCGAGAGAGACAUGCAUAAACACUUCAGGGAAAAGUACAAUUUCGAUUUCGUGAAUGAAGUUCCCUUGGAAGGACGAUACGAGUGGGUUCGGUUAAAGCCAUGAAGAACAACUUUCUGAUCACUUAAAUUUAUUUAUUUUUCCUCUUUUUUUUUUUUUUCGGUUUUGCUUUUUUCGUUAGGGCUGUCCGUCGUCGAUCCGUGCGUUUACAUUAUAUUUCAUGUAAGGCUAAGCCCAGCUCAGGUCUGUGUGUUAGUUCGCUUCGUAAAUCGUACGGUUCUCUGCAAAAAGAAAAUGCCAAAUCUUCAUGGGAAAGAACAAACAUUUGUUUGAA